AUGGCUAGCUCAAGCGGCACCUACAACCCCGCGCGGCCAAAGCGUGCCGGCGAGCAAUUCACACGGACUCACCAUCUGGACAAGGACGAGCCAUCGACCAAGAAACCUCGCUUCGAUCCACGCAAUCCCUCAACGCUUGCCCCAGACGCUGACGACGACGAAGAUGACCCCGCAUUGGAAGCUGAUGUCAUAGGGAAAGGCGCAGGCAUCAAACGCAAUGCCGUCAAUAUUGAUGGUUACGACUCAGACAGCUCAACCGAGAACUUUGAUAUUCGCGCGGAGGCGAACCAUAAAAAGGAAAAACCUGCCAAAGACGACGAUGACGACGACGACAUGUUUGCAGACGAGCCAAAGGAGGACGAGCAGGAUGAGGAACUUGGAAAGGACCAGGGAAAAAAGAAGAAACUGCGCUUCUUGGACAAUGCCGAGAUUGAGGGACAAGAAGAAAGCAGCAAGUCUGGAGGUCACGUAGCGGUGGAUUUCACAAAAGGGGCCAAAGCGGCGACAGAUGAAGUGGAGAGCAGCAGCGACGAGGGCGACGACGAGGAGCGCGACAGGCUAGACUCUGACAUGGACGAGGAGCUUGGUGCGGGCAGCAAGAAAAAGCAUGCGCCCAAGCUGGAUGCCUUCAACAUGCGUGCAGAACAGGAAGAAGGUCGAUUUGACGAGGCGGGCAACUAUGUACGCAAGGCCUUUGACCCCGAUGCCGUUCAAGACUCGUGGUUGGAGGGCAUAUCCAAGAAGGAGAUGAAAAAAGCCAAAGAGGCACAGGACAAGAGAGAUGCCGAGCGAAAAGCUAAAGAGCGAGCCGAAGACUCGAUAGUGACCAGUGAAGUGCUAUCCACUCUCAUCUCACAUCUCGAAGUAGGAGAAACACCCAUGGAGGCCUUAGUGCGAUACGGCAAAGCGGUGCCCAAGAAACCGACCAACAACUGGGCCAAGAAGAAGAAGGCGCAGAGCAUGGAGGUGGAUACAGACCCAUCGCAGGAAGCAGCAGCAGCAAAAGCGAAGCAGGUCAUUGACUCGAUUACCGAGUGCGCAAGUCGCCUGUCGGACCGUGGUGUGGAGGACAUCUAUGAGCUGCCGCGUGAAUCCAUCAUGCGGCAGUACAAGCGCGAGACGGGAGAAGAUUGGAAGAAUCCCAAUCCAGAGCCAGUGCAAUGGGAGUUCCACUGGCUCAAUGCACCCGAGGGGGACAUUAACGGGCCCUACGACCAGGCAACCAUGCAGGCGUGGGAGGCUAGCGGGCAGUUUGCAGCAGGUGCCGAGUUCCGUCGAGUGGGUGAGAGCGAAUGGUCGCGACUGCUUGACUUUGACGAUUGA